AUGCAAUUAGAUCCUGAAGCAAUUUUUAUCAUUGUACUUUAUAUUUUGUACCAAAUUAUUUCAGCUGAUCUGGGGGAAGCUUGCAACAGUCACGAUCUAAGAUGUCGUUCACCCAGGGCGGUGUGCAUCCAAUUGUCAAGUGAGAGGCAAAAAAAUCGAAUCGUCUUGGAGACUGGCGCUCCGGGAAACCCGGACUCAGAGGUUGCUGUCGUGGAGCUAUCCAGUGCAUGGCUCAAUGACGAGGUGGGAAGAAAUCCAACUGAAGGCUCUUUUGAGGGUUGCUCAAACAAAAACAAUUCAUGCCUGCCACGAAGACACGAAACAUUUACCGAUGACCGAUUUGCUUUAGACGAUAGUUCGAUGCAGUUAGAAACUGGAAUAUGCCUCUGCCCAAAGGAAGCUGUGCCAGUAUAUCAGAAGAAUCUUGGCUAUUUCGAGUGUUGUAAGUUAGGAAUGCUUUCAUUUUGA